AUGAGUAGUAAAUACAAUAUUUUAAUUUAUAAGAAAAAAAAAAAGCAUCUUAGAUUGGAUGUAUUGCUGUUUUUUUUUUAUCUUAUAUUUUUAAAUUUAAUAUUACAAAAUAAAAAAUUUGAAGCUCAACAAAAAGAUUAUGAAUAUAUUGAAAAUUUGAAAACAAAAAAUGUGAAGGAUGAAGGAUUUGUGCAUGUAAAAAAAUUUGAUUCAUCUUCUUCUUCAUACAAGUUUGAGGAUAUAGGAAAUGAGGAUGUGUUAGAAGAUAAUAAUAAUAAUAAUAAUAAUAAUAAUAAUAUUAAAAGUAUUAAUAAUGUUGAAGCCAGAAAUGAUAAUAUGCAUGUUGUAAAUAAUAUGAAUAAAUAUGAUAAAUCUUUAAAAGAGAAUGAAAAGAUUGUUGGUGGUAAUGAAACAAAUGAAAAUAAGAACAAAACGUUUGAGAGUGAAGAUUUAAAAAAUGAGAAAUCAUUUAAACCUAUAAUAAUAGGAAAAUAUAAUUUAAUAUACAUAUUUUAUAGUAUAGAAUUUAUAUGUUUAUUGUUGUUUAUAUGUUUACAUGUUUUACUGUUUCUUUUAUCACAAUGGAAUAUAAAAAUGAAUUUGCUUAUAUCAUAUAAAUCUUUAUAUAGUAAAGAUAAAAAGAAGUAUUUAUAUAAUUUAAAAAAUUUAUGUACACAUGUUUAUAUCGAACCUUGUAUUAUUAAAAGUGAAGAAUGUAAUAGUAGUAGUAUAUAUGAUAGAAAUAGAUAUAAUAUGGAUUCUAACUUUUAUAAACCUAAAGCACAAUUAAUAGAAUUAAAAAAGGUUGAUAAUGAUAUAUAUUUUUUUUAUAAACAAAAGAAAUAUAUUUUUAAUUAUAACACAUUUGUAUUUGAAUCACUUAAACAUUUUGAUAAUUUCAAUGUGGGUUUUUAUUUGAACUGGAAGGGAUUAAUAGAUUAUAAUAAAGGGUCAGGUGUAAAUAAAAUGGAUAUAUAUAAUAAUAAAAUGAUGAAAAAUAUAAACGAAAGUGUAACAUGUAAUAAUAUAGAAAGUGUAAUAAAAAAAUUAGAUAUUUUAUAUACAUCACAUAGUGACAAUAGCAAGAAAGUAUAUAUGAAUGAGAAGGUAGAUGAAGUGAAUGAUAAUAAUAAUAAUAAUAAUAAUAAUAAUGAUUUAAUUAAUAAAGAGAAGAAUGUAAAUAAUAUAUAUGAUAUGAAAAAUAUGGAUGAUACGAAUAAGAGUAAUAUGAAUAUAAAAUAUAGAGGUAAAACAAAUAAAGGAAAUAAUAACCAUAUAGAUAAAUCAAAAGGUGAUAAUAUGAAUAAUAUGAAUAAUGUGUGUGAAAGGGAUGAUGGUGAUAAUAAAAAAAAAAUAUAUAAUAUACAAAAUAAUAUACAUAAUAAUAUUAAAAAGAAUGAUAAUUUGAAUGAUUCAAAUUAUUUCUAUUAUAAAAAGAGUUCUUUCGAAAUUCCUUAUGAUAUAUUUGUUCAUAAUAAUAUUGAAAAAUAUGGUGAAAAUAUAUAUGAUAUACCAUGUCCUUGUUUCAAAGAAUUAUUAUAUGAAUCUAUGUUGUCUCCUUUUUUUAUAUUUCAAUUUUUUAGUAUAAUAUUAUGGAUGCUUGAUAGUUAUUGGUAUUUCGGCAUUUUCUCUAUAUUUAUAUUAAUAAUUUUAGAGUCUCAGUUAAUUAAUAAACGUAUAAGAGAAUUUAAUAUGAUAAAUGGAAUGAAGGUAGAUCCUCAGGAUGUGUAUGUCUAUCGUAAUUUAAGAUGGAAUAUUAUGAAAUCCAAUAUGUUAUUGCCAGGUGAUAUAUAUAUAUUGACAAAUGAUAUGAGUAUGACUGAUAAUAAUAUAUGUACUUGUGAAACCUUAUUGAUUGAUGGAACAUGUAUUACAGAUGAAUCUAUAUUAACUGGCGAAUCUGUUCCUUUAAUAAAGGCAUGUAUAGAUAAAAGCAUAAUAGGAAGUGAUAAUAAAAUGAUUAAAAAUGAAAAAAAUGAAAAAAAUGAAAAAUAUGAAAAAUAUGAAAAAAAUGAAAAAUAUGAAAAAUAUGAAAAAUAUGAAAAAAAUGAAAAAAAUGAAAAAAAUGACCAUAUGAAUCAUAUUAAUAAUAUUAAUAGUUAUAAUAGUACAUGUAAUUUACAAAGUGAUGGAGAAACCCUACAUGAUACAUAUUAUCAAAAUAAUCCAAAUGAAUUUAUUAAAAAUGAUGAAUAUUAUUUUGAUGAUUGGAAUGUUUCUAAUUCAUUAUUUUGUAAUCGACUUGAUAUAAAAAAUAAACACAAGAAACAUAUUGUAUAUGCAGGAACAAAUAUAUUAAUGACAAAAAAUGAAAAUAAUAAAUUUAAUGGUAAGAAUUUACCAGUAAAUGGUUGUAUAGGUAUUGUAUUAAGAAGUGGAUUUUCAACAUAUCAAGGUAAAUUAGUACGUACUAUAAUAAAUACAUCUGAUAAAGUAAACUCAUCAAGUUUUGAUUCUAUAAUAUUUCUUAUAAUAUUAUUAUUAUUUUCUAUAUGUUCAAGUGCAUAUGUUGUAUAUAGUGUAUUAAAAUCGAAUGAAGAAAGAAACUUAUAUAAAUUAUUAUUAUCAGUAUCACAUAUUAUAACAGCUGUUAUUCCACCAGAAUUCCCUAUUACUCUUUCAUUAGCAGUUACUAUAUCUAUUGUCUAUUUAUAUAAUAUGAAAAUUUAUUGUACUGAGCCUUUUAGACUCCCUUUUUCUGGCAAGACUAAUAUAUGUGCCUUUGAUAAAACAGGAACACUAACAGAAGAUAAUAUGAUAGUUUUAGGUUUAUUUGGAUUAGAUAAUAAUUAUAAACAAAUAAAUCAAAUUAAAGAAUCCAUUAUAAAUAAACAGAAAAUUCCUUUUUUCUCUUUAUCUGUAAUAGCUGGUUGUCAUUCUAUAUGUUCAGUAAAUAAUAAAUUAUUAGGUGAUCCUUUAGAAAAAAAUUCUUUUAUGAAAUUAAAAUGUGUUAUGAAGAGUUUGAACCAUACAUAUGUGCAUACAAAUAAUAAUAAGAAUGAUGAUACUACCAUUGAUGAGAAUAAAAAUAAUGAUAUGUUGAAUUUAAAAAAUGAAAAAAACAAAGACAAAAAAAAAAUAAAUAUAAAAAUAAAAAAUGAAUCUGUAGAAAAUUUCCAAAUAGUUAAGAGAUUCUUUUUUUCGUCAGAAUUACAAAGAAUGACAUGUAUUCUUUUGCAUGAAGGUUCUCAAAAUGAUUGGUAUGGUGAUGAAUAUGAAACGGAUACUUGUCAUUCGGAUGAGACAAAUGAAAAUAUAAAAAGUGAUGUAUUACAUAAUAAUAUGAAUGAUAUAUCCAAGUCCACAUGUUAUAAGGACUAUGAUGAGAUAUUAAGAAAGUUGAAAAGAAAAAAUAAUAAUGAGAAUGAAACACAAAGUGAAGAUGAUAUGGAUCAGAAUGAUUAUUCUAAUUAUAACCCUACAGAGAAGCAGAUGAUGAUGAAGAAGAAGAAGAAUAAUAAUAAUAAGAAAAAUAAAAUAAAAAAUAUCCUUUUUGUGAAAAAAAAGAAAGAAAAUAACGAUAAAUGUGUAAAACAAUAUUUAGUUGUAAGUAAAGGUUCUCCUGAAUUAAUGAAAAGAUUUUUAAAAAAAAUACCAGAACAUUAUGAUGAAGUAUUAAAUAGUUUAUCAAUAAAAGGAUAUCGUGUUUUAUGUUUGGCUGUAAAUAUAUUAGAUGAUAAUAUGUUUAAUGAAAAUAUUACAAGAGAAGAUGUUGAAAAGGAUUUAUAUUUUUGUGGUUUCUUGACAUUUAUAUGUCCUAUAAAAGUGAGUACACCUAAUUAUAUAUUAAAUAUAAAAAAUGCAGGAAUAAAAAAUAUAAUGAUAACAGGAGAUAAUGCUUUGACUGCUUGUCAGGUAUCUCAAGAUGUUAAUAUUGUUCCUCAUGUAGCAAGUAAGCACAUUUUAAUUCUAAAGUUGAAGGAGUUAUCUUAUGACAUGUUAAAUGAAAAAGUAACAAACACGUUAAGUGUGAUUAAUAAGAUGAUGACAAAUAAUGAUGAUACAUGUGAUGAUAUGAGUAGUACAAAUAAUACGAAUAAUAUUGUAAAAGAUUUUUCAGAUGAUAAUAAAAUUUUUAAUAAGGAUGAUAUAAAAGAUUCUAUUGAAUUUUUGACAUGUCUAAAAAGUAAGGAGACAAAUAUUUUUUUAAAAAAUCAUGUAGAGAAUCUUAUAAAAAUAAUAGAAAUGAAUUGUAAUAAAUGUAGUAAUAUAUUAUAUUUUAUGAAUAGAGAAAAUAAGAAAAUAUUACCAUUCAUUGAUAAUAUAGAUUAUAUAAAAAGCUGCGGUGCUUUAUUUUCUUUAUGCAUAACAGGAGAUAUAAUUGAUUAUUUUUUACAAGUAUAUAAGAAUAAUUUGAAUAUAUUUAAUGAGUUAAUAAGAGGUGUGUAUAUAUUUUGUAGGAUGUCUCCAAAAAAUAAAGAGAUAAUAAUAAAAACGUUAAAUAAAAUUGGAUAUAUAACAAUAAUGUGUGGUGAUGGAACUAAUGACAUGGCGGCUUUGAAGGCAGCACAUGUAGGUGUAUCAUUAUUGAGCAUAAAGGUGAGUUAUAAGAAUAAAGAUGGAAAGAAUAAAAAAAUGUUAUAUGAUGAGAGAAAGAAUAGUUUAAAUAAUAAUAAUAAUAAUAUGAUGAUGAUGAAUAUGUAUGGUGAUGGACGUUCAAGAAGUUUAUAUGAUAAUUUAAGAGCUUCUUAUGCUGAAGCACGAAACAUAAUAAACAAUAAUAAUAAUAAUAAUAAUAAUAAUAAUAAUAAUAGUGGUGUUAAUUGUGGGGUGGGUUUAAAAUUUAGACGUUCAUAUGAACAAAUGAAAUUAUAUAAUGAGAAAAAGAAAGAAUUAGAACAGAUGUUGCAAUCACUUGAUGAUUCUUUACCAUUAAUAAAAUUAGGAGAAGCAAGUAUAGCAUCACCAUUUACAUAUAAAGGAAAUGAUAUAAGAUGUAUAAAGGAGAUAAUAUCAUGUGGUCGCUGUGCUUUAUCUAAAGUAAUAAUGAUGUAUAAGUUGAUGAUAAUAAAUUCUUUAAUUACAGCAUUUUCAGUUUCUAUAUUAACAUUAGAUGGUGUAAAAUUAAGUGAUGCACAAACAACUGUUAUAUCAUUAUUAUAUACAUCUUUAAUUGUUUUAAUAUCUAAAACAUCACCUUUAAAAAGUAUUACAAAUUACAAACCUCCUAAUUCAUUAUUUAAUUUUAGUGUUAUCAUAUCAUUAUUAUUACAAAUAAUUAUUCAUUUCUCUAUAUUAAUAUAUGGUUGGAAAUUAGCAUGUACAUAUAGAGAAAUUAAUUAUAUACCAGAUAUUAAAGGAGAGUUUAAACCAAAUAUUGUAAAUACAUGUAUAUAUUAUUUAAUUUAUUGUAUUAAUCUAUCUAUUUUUUCAUGUAAUUAUGAAGGAUUACCAUUUAUGAUACCAAUACAUAAAAAUAAAGAAAUUGUCUAUAUUUUUCUAGUCAAUUUCUUUUUUCUUCUUCUUUUAAUUAUGGAUUUAUUUCCAUACUUAAAUUAUUUCUUCUCUCUUGUGUCAUUUCCUAAUAUACAUUUUAAAUGUUUCUUUUUCUUCUUAAUGCUGUUGGAUAUUUUUUUGCCUUAUCUAGUAACAAAUCUGUUAAAAUCCUUCAGAUUUUAUAUAUUCAACAAAUAUCAAAUUAGUAUUUAA